AUGCCCAAAGUUAGGAGUGGUCCGUCCAAGCGCAUGAGUUCGAGUCAGCGCCAUAAGAUCGAGCGAAAAAAGAGGGAACAUAAACGCGAUCUGCGCAAAGCGGCAAAGGCUCUAAAAAAGUCUGGUCUGGGCCCAAAGAGAUCGAAGAAGAGUCGUGAGCUGGCUAAAAUGGCGCUGAAGGUAUCCAAUUCGCACCCAGAUAAAGAAGCAAUUCUUACUCGAGUUCUUGAGGCGCGCGAGAAGGCUCGGGUUGAGCGGGCAGAGUGUCGUAACAAGAGGUCUGAUGAAGAGGACCACGUGGAAGCGGUUUCUGAAGAGGCAAAGACAGUUCGUUCAGUACGGCAGCCAAAGAAGGCUCUUACAUAUAUUCCUGUUCGUGAGUCAAAUAAUUUUUCGUAUCAGUUUAAUAAAACUCUUGAGGAGCUUGUUUAUCCUCCGCCUGAAUCACUGAUGGAGCUCCCAUCAGCAGCGUAUGUGGUAACUCUUGAUGCUCGUUGUGCCGUUCAAUGUUUACCAUUGGGACUACUUGACGCUAUUGUCCACGAGAGCAGCAUCUACAAGAAUAACGGUGGGAAGCGGAAGGUUCUUGUGCUAUUUGCUAUCACAAAAAUUGACCUUAUUUCAGCUCCUGCUUUGGUUACUCAGAUUUCUCUACUGGCUUAUGCCCUUUUUGACCGGUAUGUUAAGAGAGCGGAUGAAGAUGAUGAAUCGUUGAAACUUGGCGAUACCAUAUCUUUUGCGUUUUGCCCGGUUUCGAAUCUUUUUGAUAAAACCACAAAACACAUUCUCCGUGUACUGAGGCAGUUUCUUUUCAGCGAGGGAUGCACACAGUCAAACGAACGGUGUAAUCUUGAAGGAAAACUGUGCACUUUUGUUAUUGGGCUUCCAAACACAGGGCGCCGAACGUUAUGCCGUGCUUUGUUGCAGACGGGCAAUGAAUCUUGUGUCAGCAUAGUUCCUGUUUCUGCAGCUCAAGUGCAAUUGAUGAACAAAAACAAUGGCUGCCAAGAGGAUGCGGAGAUGAAGUUGGCUUUUCCCAACGCAAAGGAAAUUACCUUGUUGCAGUUUCCGGAAGACACUGUUCUGAUGCGUGAGCUAUCUUCGUUAUCAGGAUGUGAUGUUAUUUUCAAGUCGUUUUCGUUUAUUGAACGGAUUACGGAUCCUGAGGUUAUUGGAUUCAUGCUUUUUGCAGCUGCGCUUGAUAAAAAUAGUCUUGCACAGGGAUUCUGCCAGCCUGGAGAAGAUUUUGGUGGUUCUUCCGAUGAGUCAAAAGUAAUGAAGGCGGCAGAGCGUUUCUUUCGUAACCUCGGACAUACCGUACGAAGGGAAAAGGGUUUUUAUGUUUCUCCAUUGUUUGUAUCAAAUGCAGGAACUAUGGGAAAGGUUUCUAGUAGCUCAUUGACAGCAUCCACCCGGUUUACUUCUCGUCAACAGAGCACACAAACAACUCUUCUUGAUGAUUCAUUUAGCGGUGCUACUCCCAGCAAACUUGUACGGAUUUCUUCUGUCGUGACAGCCUCUCGAGGAAAAAAGAAGAGCAAUUCAAUGCUGAAGCGCCUUGAUUCUCAUAAUGCUAUGAAACUUGGUGCUCGUACAUUUGUCCGUGAGAUAUGUCAAGGUAAAAACAUUCCUUGGGCAGUAAUGCGGCCCCCUACGAAGAAAUGCUUAACGAGAGAGGAUAUUGAGGAAGCGUGUGUGCUUUUUGACAUUUCUCUUUGCUCCGGUAAGAGGAUUGGAACGUUGAACACGGUUACUAAUCAAACCGAGCACCUCGCUGCUCUCUUGGAUCAAACAGCUUCUAUGUUGAAGCAAUAUCUGGUUUUCCUGCCGAAUAAUGUUGUGGAGUUUGAUCCGGAUUCUAUUGUUGCACCGCUUCACGACUUGAAUACUAAUGCAAUAAAAAAUGAGGAACAUGAAGGAGAAUCUAUGAAUGAGGAGGAGGAGGAGGAGGAGGAAUAUGAAGAGGAGGAAGAAGAAGUUGAAGAGGAUGAUGAUGAUGAUGAUGAGGAGGAGGAGGAUGAAGAUGUCUCCAAUUAG